ACCUCUGUGCUCAAGGAAGUUGAUGUGGGAGCCGCACUCUGUGGAGCAUAGCUGCUGAGACCACAGAGGGCAUGUAAAAAUGGAAUUCCUGAAAAAAAUUGUUCCCACUGCUGCUUCUGGUGAUGUUGUGGACGUUGGGAGUACAGCCCGUGAAAGCUCUCCAAGGCUGCUGAAGAUGAGACGGGUCAGACUGUUUUCAUUAGGACAGACAAUAGAUGAAGACGAGGAGACACAUAUUUUACAUCCUGAAUACUCCUCCGCACCACCCAGCAGAGUAAAUAAACGUAGAGUUUCUCCAAGUGUUGUUUCCACCUGGGAAAAGAGAGGCAUCAUCAUGUCUAACAUUACUAUUGACCCAGAUGUGAAACCGGGCGAGUAUGUCAUCAAAAGCCUCUUUGCUGAAUUUGCUGUUCAAGCUGAAAAGAAAAUUGAACUUGUAAUGGCUGAACCUUUGGAAAAGCUCUUGUCCAGAUCUCUUCAAAGAGGUGAAGAUCUUCAGUUUGAUCAGUUGAUAAGCUCUAUGAGCUCAGUAGCAGAGCACUGUCUCCCCUCCUUACUACGCACCUUGUUUGACUGGUACAGGCGUCAAAAUGGAACAGAAGAUGAAUCUUAUGAAUAUAGACCUCGGUCAAGCACAAAAUCAAAGGGGGAUGACCAACAGCGUGAAAGAGAUUAUCUACUUGAAAGGAGGGACUUAGCUGUAGAUUUCAUUUUUUGUUUAGUUUUAAUAGAGGUUCUAAAACAGAUACCUGUUCAUCCAGUGCCAGAUCCUUUAGUACAUGAAGUUCUAAACUUGGCUUUUAAGCACUUUAAACAUAAGGAAGGGUAUUCAGGAACCAACACUGGGAAUGUGCAUAUUAUUGCAGACUUAUAUGCAGAAGUGACAGGGGUUCUUGCUCAAUCAAAGUUUCAAGCUGUUAGGAAGAAGUUUGUCACUGAAUUAAAGGAGCUGCGACAAAAAGAACAGAGUCCUCAUGUAGUACAGAGUAUCAUCAGUUUGAUUAUGGGAAUGAAGUUUUUUCGAGUAAAGAUGUAUCCUGUGGAGGAUUUUGAAGCAUCAUUUCAGUUCAUGCAGGAGUGUGCUCAGUACUUCCUGGAAGUAAAAGAUAAAGAUAUAAAACAUGCACUUGCUGGUUUGUUCGUGGAAAUUCUCAUACCUGUAGCUGCUGCUGUUAAAAAUGAAGUGAAUGUGCCAUGCUUGAAAAACUUUGUGGAGAUGCUUUAUCAGACUACCUUUGAAUUGAGUUCAAGAAAGAAGCAUUCGCUGGCUUUGUAUCCAUUGAUCACCUGCCUGUUGUGUGUCAGUCAGAAACAGUUUUUUUUAAAUAACUGGCACGUUUUCCUGCAGAACUGUUUGUCACAUCUAAAGAAUAAAGAUCCCAAAAUGUCCCGAGUUGCACUGGAAUCUUUGUAUAGGUUAUUGUGGGUUUAUGUUAUUAGAAUUAAAUGUGAAAGCAACACUGUAACUCAAAGCCGUCUCAUGAGUAUUGUAUCAGCACUUUUCCCAAAAGGAUCGCGUAGCGUGGUCCCACGAGACACACCUCUAAAUAUAUUUGUGAAGAUUAUUCAGUUCAUUGCUCAGGAACGUUUGGAUUUUGCAAUGAAAGAAAUAAUAUUUGAUCUUCUUAGUGUUGGAAAAUCACCUAAGACCUUCACUAUUAAUCCAGAGAGGAUGAAUAUUGGCCUCAGAGUCUUCCUUGUCAUAGCAGACAGCUUGCAGCAAAAAGAUGGUGAACCACCAAUGCCAACCACAGGAGUUGUUCUUCCUUCAGGAAAUACUCUACGUGUGAAGAAAAUUUUUCUUAAUAAAACACUGACAGAUGAGGAAGCAAAAGUUAUAGGAAUGUCCAUAUACUAUCCUCAAGUCAGAAAAGCACUGGAUAGCAUUCUUAGGCAUUUGGACAAAGAAGUUGGAAGGCCCAUGUGCAUGACUAGUGUGCAGAUGUCCAAUAAAGAACCAGAAGACAUGAUUACGGGUGAGAGGAAACCGAAGAUAGAUUUGUUCAGAACUUGUAUUGCUGCUAUCCCAAGACUGAUUCCAGAUGGCAUGAGUAGGACUGACCUCAUUGAAUUGCUUGCAAGGCUGACAAUUCAUAUGGAUGAAGAACUUCGUGCCUUGGCUUUCAAUACACUCCAAGCAUUAAUGCUUGAUUUUCCAGAUUGGCGGGAAGAUGUUCUUUCAGGAUUUGUAUAUUUUAUUGUGCGUGAAGUGACUGACAUCCACCCAACGCUUCUUGACAAUGCAGUAAAAAUGUUAGUGCAGCUUAUAAAUCAGUGGAAACAAGCAGCCCAAAUGCACAAUAAAACCCAGGAUUCUCAGCGUGGUGUAUCCAAUGGAGCUGCCCAUACUCUGCCCCUGGAGAGGAGCCCUUAUUCCAGUGUAUUUCAUGUGGUGGAAGGCUUUGCUUUGGUCAUCCUUUGCAGCACAAGGCCUGCCACCAGGCGAUUAGCUGUCAGCGUUCUCAGAGAAAUAAGGGCCUUGUUCACUCUUCUAGAAAUUUCAAAGAGUGAUGACGAGUUGGCUAUAGAUGUAAUGGACAGGCUAAGUGCUACUAUCCUGGAGAGUUUCAUACAUCUCACCGGGGCUGACCAGACUACUUUACUGUACUGUCCCAGUUCAAUAGAUUUACAAACUCUGGCUGACUGGAAUUCCUCCCCAAUCAGCCACCAGUUUGAUGUGGUCAGUCCCUCACAUAUUUGGAUAUUUGCACAUGUGACUCAAGGCCAAGAUCCAUGGAUUAUAAGCCUCUCAAGUUUCAUGAAGCAGGAAAAUCUUCCAAAACACUGCCCAACUGCUGUAAGCUAUGCUUGGACUUUUGCUUAUACAAGACUUCAGCUGCUGUCUCCACAAGUAGAUAUCAACAGCCCUAUCAAUGCAAAGAAAGUAAAUACUACUACAAGCAGUGACUCCUAUAUUGGGCUCUGGAGAAACUACCUGAUUCUUUGCUGCAGUGCAGCAUCUUCUUCAAACUCCUCCACUUCCACAGGCUCUGUGAGAUGUUCCCCUCCUGAGACGCUGGCGUCUACCCCAGACAGUGGUUAUAGCAUUGAUUCAAGAAUUAUUGGCAUUCCAUCCCCUUCGUCCCUGUUCAAGCACAUAGUUCCAAUGAUGCGCUCUGAGAGCAUGGAAAUUACAGAAUCUCUUGUCCUGGGACUUGGCAGGACCAACCCAGGAGCUUUUAGGGAACUAAUAGAAGAAUUACAUCCUAUAAUUAAGGAAGCACUUGAAAGAAGGCCAGAGAACAUGAAACGACGCAGGCGUCGAGAUAUUUUACGAGUACAACUAGUACGAAUAUUUGAACUGUUGGCAGAUGCUGGCGUCAUUAGUCACAGUGCAAGUGGUGGCCUUGAUAAUGAAACACAUUCCCUCAACAACACUUUACUUGAGUAUGUUGAUCUAACAAGACAACUCCUAGAAGCAGAAAAUGAAAAGGAUUCUGAUACAUUGAAAGAUAUUCGAUGCCAUUUUAGUGCCUUAGUGGCAAAUAUCAUACAAAAUGUUCCAGUACACCAGAGAAGAAGUGUCUUUCCACAGCAGAGUCUACGCCACAGUCUAUUUAUGCUGUUCAGUCAUUGGGCAGGUCCUUUUAGUAUCAUGUUUACUCCCCUGGACAGAUACAGUGAUAGAAACAUGCGAAUAAACAGACACCAAUACUGUGCAUUAAAGGCUAUGUCUGCUGUACUGUGUUGUGGCCCUGUUGCAGACAAUGUUGGGCUUUCAUCUGAUGGGUAUUUAUACAAAUGGCUGGAUAAUAUUUUGGAUUCACAAGAUAAAAAGGUUCACCAGCUAGGCUGCGAGGCAGUCAUGCUGCUCUUGGAACUCAAUCCUGACCAGAGUAACCUCAUGUACUGGGCCGUUGACCGGUGCUACACAGGUUCCAAGCGGGUAGCAGCUGGCUGCUUUAAAGCCAUAGCCAGCGUGUUUCAAAACAGGGAUUACCAGUGUGAUACAGUGACCCUCCUGAAUCUGAUACUAUUUAAAGCAGCUGAUUCUACUAGGGCUAUCUAUGAAGUUGCUAUGCAACUGUUGCAGAUUUUGGAACCAAAGAUGUUCCGUUAUGCUCACAAACUGGAAGUUCAGCGGAUGGAUGGGGUUUUGGGACAGCCUUCUCCUUUACCACAUUUGUAUUCUAUGUCAUAUUAUCAACUGUCAGAAGAAUUAGCAAGGACUUAUCCUGAACUGACCCUUGCCAUCUUCUCAGAAGUAAGUCAGAGAAUCCAAACGGCUCACCCAGCUGGGAGACAGGUGAUGCUGCAUUAUCUGCUGCCAUGGAUGAACAAUAUUGAGUUGGUAGAUCUGAAACCUUUGCCAACCAUUCGCCGGCAAGAUGAAGAUGAUGAAGAUUCUUUGAAAGACAGAGAAAUGAUGGUGAACAGUAGACGAUGGCUGCGAGGAGAAGGCUGGGGAUCACCACAGGCUACAGCUAUGGUUCUGAACAAUCUGAUGUACAUGACUGCAAAGUAUGGUGAUGAAGUGGCUUGGUCAGAGAUAGAAAAUGUCUGGACUACUUUGGCAGACAGCUGGCCAAAGAAUCUGAAAAUAAUUUUGCACUUCUUGAUCAGUAUUUGUGGAGUGAACAGCGAACCCAGCCUUUUGCCUUAUGUAAAGAAAGUCAUUGUUUAUUUGGGUAGAGACAAAACAAUGCAACUACUAGAAGAGCUGGUGAGUGAACUUCAGCUUACAGAUCCUGUCAGUUCAGGAGUCACCCAUAUGGAUAAUCCACCUUACUAUCGCAUUACAUCCAGUUACAAAAUCCCUUCUGUCACUUCAGGUACCACUUCUAGUAGCAAUACAAUGGUGGCUCCCACAGAUGGCAACCCUGACAGUAAACACAUGAAAGACAGUAUUGAAGAGAACUAUGCACACCUAGACAUCUACAGCGGGUUGAACAGCAACUUAAACCGCCAGCACCACAGACUGGAAUCUCGCUACAGCAGCAGCUCUGGAGGAUCAUAUUUAAAAUGUGAUUCAAUGCCUCUGUAUUCCAACUGGCGGUUGAAGGUGAUGGAGCACAAUCAAGGAGAGCCUCUCCCUUUUCCACCUUCUGGAGGUUGCUGGUCACCACUGGUGGAUUACCUGCCUGAAACUUCUCCUCCGGGCAUGUCACUUCACAGAUGCAAUAUAGCAGUGAUUCUUUUGACUGAUUUGAUAGUUGACCACAGUGUAAAGGUGGAAUGGGGAGGAUACUUGCAUCUUUUGCUUCAUGCAAUUUUUAUAGGUUUUGACCAUGGUCACCCUGAAGUCUAUGAGCAUUGUAAACGACUACUUUUGCAUCUACUGAUAGUGAUGGGCUCUGGCAGUAAUGUCCAGUCUGUUGCUUCUGUCCUGCUCAGAAACAGAGAGUUCAAUGAGUCCAGGGUGCUCACUGUCAAGCAAAUGACCCAUUUAGAUUACACUUUCACAGGUGUUCAUGAUUUUAUACCUGACUACCAGCCCUCCCCAAUGACAGACUCAGGGCUUAGUUCAAGUUCUACCUCUUCUAGCAUCAGUUUAGGAAAUACAAGUUCUGCCAUUUCUCAACUGCACACCACAAUCCUCAAUGAGGUUGACAUUUCAGUAGAGCAGGAUGAAAAAGUGAAAACUCUUAUAGAAUUUAUUACCUCAAGGAAAAGAGGCCCACUUUGGAAUCAUGAAGAUGUUUCGGCCAAGAACCCUAAUAUAAAGAGUGCUGAACAGUUAACUGUGUUUUUAAAGCAUGUGGUAUCUAUAUUUAAACAGUCUAUUUCAGGAGGAUAUCAAUUGGAACAUCGUCUCAGUGAAGUUGCUUUGCAAACUGCGCUUUCGUGUUCCUCUCGCCAUUAUGCUGGGAGGUCCUUUCAGAUUUUCAGGGCUCUGAAGCAGCCUCUCACUCCAUCUACACUUUCUGAUGUUCUCUCCAGACUAGUAGAAACUGUUGGAGAUGCAGGAGAAGAAGCUCAGGGUUUCGUCAUAGAGCUGCUUUUGACUUUAGAAUCUGCUAUUGAUACAUUGGCUGAAACCAUGAAGCAUUAUGAUCUGCUUUCUGCCCUUUCUCAAACCUCAUACCAUGAAUCUGUAAUGGGAAACAAGUAUGCAGCUAAUAGAAAAAGCACUGGACAGAUAAAUCUAAGCACAAGUCCCAUUAAUAGUGGCAGUUGUUUGGGAUACUACAGCAACACAAGGAGUAAUUCCUUGAGACUGAAUUUAAUCAGUGAGCGGAGAGGCGACCGGCGACGGAGCAACACACUGGAUAUAAUGGAUGGAAGGAUAAAUCAUGGUGGAAGUUUGGCAAGGACUAGAAGCCUUUCCUCCCUGAGAGAGGGAGGGAUGUAUGAUGUGCAGCCCACUACUGACCCUGUCAACUUGAUGGCCACCAUAUUUUGGAUUGCAGCUUCGUUGCUGGAGUCAGAUUAUGAGUAUGAAUACCUUCUGGCUCUCAAACUACUCAACAAGCUUCUUAUUCACAUGCCUCUGGAUAAAUCAGAGAGUCGGGAAAAGAUAGAAAAGGUGCAGAAUAAAUUGAAAUGGAAUAACUUUCCAGGCCUUCAGCAGCUUUUUCUGAAAGGCUUUACUUCAGCCUCUACACAAGAAAUGACAGUUCAUCUCCUCAGUAAACUCAUCACAAUUUCCCGGCAUGCUUUGGUGGAUCCUUCUCAGUUAGCAGGAUUUCCCCUAAACAUCUUGUGCCUGCUUCCUCAUCUGAUACAACAUUUUGAUAACCCAACUCAGUUUUGUAAAGAAACAGCUGACAGGAUAGCAAAGGUUUGUGCAGAGGAGAAGUCACCAACUCUUGCCAAUCUGGCUCAUAUGAUGAGUUUAUACAGUACACACAGUUAUUCCAGAGACUGUUCUAACUGGAUUAAUGUAGUGUGUAGAUACUUGCAUGACUCUUUCUCAGAUGCCACAUUUAACCUCAUAACUUAUCUUGCAGAGCUGUUAGAGAAAGGCUUAUCAAGUAUGCAACAGUCAUUGCUGCAGAUCAUUUACAGUCUUCUGAGUCAUAUUGACCUAUCCACAGCUCCAGUGAAGCAGUUUAAUUUGGAAAUCAUAAAAGUUAUUGGUAAAUAUGUUCAGAGUCCAUAUUGGAAGGAAGCCCUUAAUAUUUUGAAACUGGUGGUGUCUCGGUCAGCAAGCCUUGUUGUGCCUAAUGAUAUUCCAAAGUCUUAUGGAGGUGACAUAGGUUCUCCGGAAAUCUCUUUCACGAAAAUUUUUAAUAAUGUCUCCAAGGAGCUUCCUGGGAAGACCUUAGAUUUUCAUUUUGAUAUAUCAGAGACACCAAUUAUUGGGAAUAAAUAUGGUGAUCAACACAGCGCAGCUGGUAGAAAUGGGAAGCCAAAAGUCAUUGCUGUGACCCGGAGCACUUCUUCAACUUCAUCAGGUUCCAAUUCAAAUGCACUGGUUCCUGUCAGCUGGAAGAGACCGCAGCCAUCUCAGAGAAGGACUAGGGAGAAGUUAAUGAAUGUGCUUUCUCUGUGUGGUCCAGAUUCUGGUCUUCCCAAGAAUCCUUCGGUUGUGUUUUCUUCUAAUGAAGACUUGGAAGUUGGAGAUCAGCAAACUAGUCUAAUUUCAGCAACAGAAGAAGUGAUUCAAGAGGAGGAAGUGGCUGUAGAAGACAAUACCAGUGAACAACAGUUUGGAGUUUUUAAAGACUUUGACUUUUUAGAUGUUGAAUUGGAAGAUGCGGAGGGUGAAAGCAUGGACAACUUUAACUGGGGCGUUCGUAGGCGCUCUCUUGACAGCAUUGACAAAGGAGACACCCCAUCCCUUCAGGAGUGUCAGUACUCCGGCAGCACACCCAGCUUGAACUUGACCAACCAGGAGGAUACUGAUGAGUCUUCAGAAGAAGAAGCAGCACUGACUGCAAGUCAGAUACUGUCUCGUUCACAGAUGUUAAUCAGUGAUUCUGCUAUAGAUGAAACAGUGUCAGAUCAUGCUGGUUUAUCACUUCAGUCUCAAGAUUCCACUAGCAGUGUGGGAACAGAAGAGGUGCUUCAAAUCAGAACUGAGACCCCAAGUUUGGAGGCUUCUUCUCUAGAUAACUCUAGCAACCAGCUGCCUGAGGAAGGCAGUUCAGCAGUAAGGGAUGAACAGGUUAGCACUGCUAGUGAAGACACUGGGUCGUACCUACUACAUGAGCAGCAAGACUGUCUGGUCUGUCACGAAUCUCUGGAGUUGGACGAGACCCCAGAACUGGUAGAGGCAGCAGCUCCUGAAAGCUAUUCUGAAUCUGUCUGUGAAGAGGAUGUCACUCUUGCUUUGAAAGAGCUAGAUGAGAGAUGUGAAGAAGAAGAAGCUGACUUCUCUGCUUUGUCUAGUCAAGAUGAAGAAGAACAGGAUGGUUUCCCAGAAGUGCAAACUUCCCCUCCUCCUUCUCCAUUUCUUUCUGCCAUACUGGCAGCUUUCCAGCCAGUGGCGUAUGAUGAUGAAGAGCAGGCCUGGCGCUGCCACGUCAAUCAAAUGCUGUCAGAUACAGAUGGAUCCUGUGCUGUCUAUACAUUUCAUGUCUUCUCAAGAUUGUUUCAGACCAUUCAGAGAAAGUUUGUAUCUAUAACAAAUGAUUCAGUCAACUUUCUGGGUGAAAGUCUACAGCGCAUUGGAACAAAGUUUAAAAGUUCUCUGGAAGUGAUGAUGUUAUGUUCAGAAUGUCCGACAGUCUUUGUGGAUGCGGAAACGCUACUAUCUUGUGGCCUGCUAGAAACAUUGAAGUUCAGUGUUCUAGAGCUCCAAGAACACUUGGAUACCUAUAAUGUCAAAAGAGAGGCAGCAGAACAGUGGCUAGAAGACUGCAAAAGGACAUUUGGUACUGAUGAUGGUAUUCAUGGGACUAACACAGAUGCCCAGUUCUUGCUCUCAGUGCAUGUAAGCCUGAAAGAAUGCAUCUGGACUCUGGCUAGACUGUUUCUACAGGACAGGCAGCAAAUGGAAAUUCUAGCAGAGCUGGAGUUGUGUCGGAGGCUAUACAAGUUGCAUUUCCAGUUACUGCUUCUGUUCCAAGCCUAUUGCAAACUCAUCAGUCAAGUGAAAACAAUCAAAAAAGAAGCAGAGGUAAUAAACAUGUCUGAAGAACUUGCUCUUUUGGAGAGCUGCCUGAAAGAGGCCGAGGCAGUGUCUGACAGUGGUAUCGAAGAAAUUGAAAUUGCAGAGGCUUCCCAAGCUAGCACAGAAACAGCUAUUCACUCCCUCAUUGAAUCCCUGAGAAACAAGGAGUUUGUGUCAGCUGUGGCACAGGUCAAGGCUUUCAGAUCUAUUUGGCCCCACGACAUCUUUGGCAGUUCUGAAGAUGACCCAGUUCAAACGUUGCUGCACAUCUAUUUCCGUCAUCAGACACUUGGCCAAACUGGCAGCUUUGCAGUAGUAGGCUCCAACCAAGAUAUGUCUGAGGCCAGCUCAAAGCUGAUGGAACUUAAUCUAGAAAUCCGAGAAUCUCUCCGCAUGGUGCAAUCCUGUCAGCUUCUAGGGAAGAUCAAAACAGGAAUAACGCUUGUCACCACUGGAUUGUGAACAGCUGUCAUUUAGAAAAGAAGUGAUGAUUAAGACACUUCAGACUAUUAUUGAGCACCUUUCACAAAAAAAACAAACCUCCAGCAAUCCUGACAACCAACACACUUUUAUCACAGCAAGAAACUCUUUCAACAGGAGUAAAACUCUGAAAAUUGAAGUGAACAUCCUACCUGACUGCUCUUUCUACACAGCAGCCUGUGUGGCAGUAGUAUUUUUUUAUUAAAUUUGUGUAUAAAAACCACAUGAAAGGAAAAGGGCUUAAAUAUAAUGCAUACAUAUGCAUUAUUUUCUGUUGUAACAGAACUAUAAAUGAUGUUUGCAUCAACAGCCUCUACAGGUUGGAUCAGUAUCGCAGGUGGGAUGAGGCUAAAAUCAAGGCUGGUUUAUUUUGGCUGAAGACCUGCAAGGCUUCCUGGCUUUCCAGCAGUAGUAGAUAAAACCAUCAACUAACACCUAAUGAGACACUUUGCAAUAGUCAUGAAGAAUGUGCAGUCAAACAUGAGUAGAAAUGGCGUGUGACUGCAAAAAACAUUGACUUCUCAGUGUUUUAUUUGCUUUUGUUGUCUGUAAUAAGGAAAUAAUGUGUGUGAGUUAGAAUGUAUGGCUAUGUGACAGUUGUUUUUUGAAGGUAUGGAUGAUUGUUAAAUAAGGUCUCAGAGCAUGCUUAAAAGAGCUGCAAGAUUAUUUUUGAAGAAAUUUUAUUUUAUUAGAUCUAAUCCUCAUAGUGUGUAAAUGUUAGGACAUUUAAUAAUAUUUUAAACUGGGAUUUCCCAGUGUUUCUAAAAGAAAUAAUAUAUCUGUUAACUUUAUUGGAAUGCUGCUCAGUUCUCUGACCAGUGCUUAUGUUACAAAUAUUGAUAACAACUAACCAAAAAGUAGCUGCCUGCAGAGACUUUAAGAUGUAUAUUAAAGAUAUAUGCUGCCCAUCAGCAAUUCUCAUUAGAAGUUAACUUAUUUUAUUCUGUAUAUAUUCUAGAAACUGUAUAGUGCAAAACCAGUAUUUUUUGUGUAAAUUUGUGCAAUGCACUGUUAAAACAGUAGGUGUAUAAAGCUAUGAGGAGAAGGGGGCAUUCCCUCUUGGUAGUCACAUGCAGUACUUGCAGUCUGAGUAGCCUGCAGGGUUUGAAGAGUUUGAAUGCAUGUAUAUGCAUCUUCAUGACUCAACUGAAGCCUAAGGAAUUGGGACUAUAGAAAAAAAAAAGAUAAAAAAAAAACCCUGACUACCAAAACAUGCAAACAGGCAAUAUACUCACAGUUUAAAGUCUGUAGCAUAAACCAAACUGGAUUCUGUUGAAACCAAUAGCAUUUUGUAGGAAAAAAAAAAAAAAAACAAAAAAAAAGAACAAGAAAAAAAAAAACAAACCGAAAAAAAGAAUGUAGUCCCACAAUUCCUAUGAUUUGAAAGGAACACCCAGUAUUUUUAUAUACAUCUCUUACCCACUGUGAUAUUUUUUAAUGGGCUCUAAUUCCAGAGUUUAGAAUGUAGAAUUGAAAUUCUUAGCUCUGCCUUUUUGGGGGAAUUAGACCCCACUAGAAAUGUAAUUAUGCUGAAAUGCAUUAAUUGAAGGCACUGUGCACGCUGUUGGACUGCUGACAGUAGUUAUCCUAACAAAUUCUGUAACUGGUCAAGGCACAUUCAUAGUCACUGUAUUUUUUUCCCUGUCCCUGAUAAAACUGAAUUAUUUUGAUGGUUUUGUGGUACUGUAGAUGGUGUUCUUAAUUAUUUAACUAGUAUUUACAGGGGAGAGGUAGUUUUAUUUAGGGGCGCAUUACACUUUUAUUUACAUCAUCUUUUACCAGCUUUUUUUUUUGUAAAAAUAAAAGACAUUGUAUCUCUCAUUUUGUGUAUUUUUACAAGCUGGAGUUUAAAUACUUUAGCUAAACAGACUAAACACUGAUAGCAGAGGCCUGGAUGCUCUGAAGUAGAUUUUUUUCUUUGUAUGUCCUUUCUUCACAGCAGCAUUUUUCUAGGCAUCCUCUGAAGCUGUUAAUGGAGUUCUCAUGAAACUCAAAUUCAUACAUGUAAUUCCUUAUGUUACACAUCUUCCUCCAUUUAUAAUGGCUAGUGGAACCUGUUCUCUGGAGCAGAAUUGUGUUAGCUGUCUUUUGUUAUUGCUUUAAUUUUAUUAAGCUUUUCAAAAAUUACUCAACUACUGUGUGAGCUGUCACCCUGCAUUACCUGGUGCAAGGUCUGUGCCAAAUCCAAAGCUAUGGUAAAGCUGUUCAGAAACAAGCAAAAUAUCAGAGAUCUCCUGUUAGAUGCAGCAGAUACAGCACUGACCGAGCUGACAAGUGCAAAAGAAUCGCUCUAUGAAAAAGCUGUACAGAGUAAGUUCAGGAUUGCUUUGAAGAGCCAGCACCACGAAGGCUGUUCCCUUCCACUUUGUAAUUACAAUAGGUCAGGAGUAGCUUUCCUUCUUCCUGCUGAGUCUGAGUGCCCACAAUCAGUGUGUGCUGGCAUGACAUGGCAGUAAAGCUGAAAAGCAACUAGAAAGUACAGAAUUGUACUUAGGCAUCAAUCAGUAAAAGCAUUGAACAUAUUUAUGUAAGAGGGGUGGCAUGUAGAGAGAGCUACUCUGGAACUGAAGAAUGCUGUAGGAUUAAGGAAAGCUUUAAUAUGGAUGCCCACUGCAUUGUAUUCCUCCAAGCCCACUGAGUCUUGCAGUAGCUGAUCAAAGCAGGGGUGGCCACCUUAAUGAUACCUGCCACUUUGAGCCUUCAUCAGCUGCUGGUGAAGCCCAACACAAGCCUGUUCCACACCUCAUCAUGCAGAACCAACUACUGCUUAGACUGUAGUGCAGAUGACAGCCCUUUAGUUGCACUAGAUUUCACUUUGGGCUAGUACUGAUAAUGCUGUACGAGUCACCAUAUUCACAGCAAGUAAUCCUCAAAGCAGUGUUCUGUGAGGAUGCCUAUAUAAAUAGGAAGCAUUCAGCUGUUCAUAUUGCCAUGACUUCAUACUGGCAUGGCACAGAGCUUCAGCUCUGACUCAUUAGCAAGGUGCACAGACUCAUCACAGUCAGUUUCUCAAUGCAUGUGUCAGGAACAGACUACAGCCACUAGAAUGGGGAAGACAAACAGGAAAACAUUGAAGAACAUCCAUGGAGGGGAGAAUGCUCAGAAACAGAGAUCAAAGAUCACAGCUGCAACUGCAGACUGAGGCAGUGGGGCCAGGUGGCUGCAGAGAGGGCCCCAAGUGCACUCCUCAAGCUGGAGGCUUGCUACUGCUCAUCACAGUGGCAGGUGAGUACAGGCAAGUACAAGGCACGUGCACUGCCCAGCUGCAGGGGUACUUUUCAAACUGAAUAGGGCAACAAUGGAAUUUACUGUGAAAGUCUGAGUGAGCUGGUAAAGCAAGGGAUAUUUCCUUUUCCUGUGAUACAUGAAAGACACUUCAGGUAGAAGCAGGAAAUAAAUGCUCUUCUCUGGAGGAAGUAGGUCUCUUGUUCCCAGAACACCUCACUGCUAUAAUAAUGAAUGCAGCAAGAAUAAAUAAAAUUACUUGGCAAUAAAUUCACACUGAGGCAUUAAGCCUACUGUAGCAGGUUCAAGGGGCAUAUUGAAAUAGGGUGGGAAUUUACAGCAAGGCAAAUUAAGCAUAUAGAAUAAACCAUCAAACAAGACACGAUGAUACAAAGGAUAUUGUUUGACUACCCUGCCAUACACUAGCUUCUGCUUGAAGAAACAAGACCACCUGGCACUGAAGCUGUUUUACAGCAUGGGCUCAGGCUGGUUCUCCCUUUAGCCUUUAAUAGACUGGUCUCUCAAGUAAGCUGGAUACAGGUGCAGAUAAGUUUACUAUAGCAAAUAUAAAGAUCAGUCUUUCCAAAGAGAAGCUACCGCAAGAGUUCUGCAAAAGGCUUGGUGACUAUGCUCAAUUGAAAAAUUAAGUGUCAGUACCAUUCUCAUUUUCAUCUGUGUGUACCCAGCUCCAUAGCUAAGAGACAGACUGGGGCAGUGGUGUAGGUUUUACUAGCUUGUGAAUCUGCUCAGAUGGUGAUGCUCCAAGUUAGUCACAGAGUCAGCUCGUAACACUUGGCUGAAGUGUGGUAUUGCUGCAGAGGACACCACCACUGAGAGCACCAAUAGCCCACAGAGAGCAUCAUCUACAGAUAACCAGUGCUGGUUCUGCCAUUACUACCAAACACUACAAGUAAAAUUCCUAGCUGCAAACCCAGCCCCAGGGGAGUGUGGGAGUUCAAUUCUGAUGAACUGAUGGUGGGCAUCAAACCUAAUUAGAUCAAACUCUUCAAGUACAAUCCACUAAGUGCACAGCUCUUGCACUUCACCUGCAGGCUGAAAAGGAAGACAAACAGAUGCAGUAUUAUUGUACCUUUCUCCUCUGAAGUGUCCCUCUCUCCAUAACCUUGUGCAAGAUGAACAACACGUUUACCAAGAGACCGUCACCAUAACACCAGUGACUCCAUUCCUCAGCAUUUUGUCAGGACCAUCCCUGAAAAGCUUGCUUUGGCUUUUGCCUACACAGACAAGAACAACAACUUAGCCAAAUGCAGACUGGCUGUACGAGCAGAAGUGAUUCAACACUUACACAGCAUUUCUCAAUCAUUUUCUAGUGAUGAAAAACAGGUGUAGGAUACUUUGUACAUCAACUAGAGGUGUGCAAAAUGAGUGUGUACUACUGAUGUUUUGUUCAUGAAGGAUAGCCUACUCUUACCUACUGCAGAUAUCAAUUUGAUGUUAACUUCAAGCAUAUGAUUAGUUCAAGAGCAGGAUCAGUAACAGAAACCCUUUCCACCUGAGGAAAGUCCACAAAGCCCCAAGUCAGUUGCUUCCAAGACCAUCACUGAUUUACAAUACACCUCUAGGCCUGCCACCUAUGCAAGUUACAGAAUUUACAAUAUGCACCCUCUGAGCUGGGCACAAACCCACAUGAUCAUUUGAGCGUGCUUCUGCAAUGCUUUUAUUUUCAUGCUUUCCUAAACUACAUCUCACCAAGUACCUUCAACAACAACAAAACCAAAAUAAAUCUGCUCUACUUGCAGAGCAAGUAGAACUCUUCUUUUCUUGAAGAGCCCUAAUCAAAAACAAAAAAAAAA